UCCACAUGCUUUCCUACUUUCCCCUUGUUUGCUUGUCUUUCAAAUAUAUACUCACUAAAUAAAAAAUACUGCAAACACAGCAGCUAUAGAAUAUAAACGUCGUGGUGUUGGUAAUGACUAAAACAGUUGAACUUUGACAAAGAAGCAGAUGUCUGGAUAAUGUGUGGUUGUUCGUCAUUGUACAAAAAUCUGUGUAUUUCCCGGCGUGCAUGAGCAGCCAGGAAGUGAAUAUCGACAGUUCUGCAGAACAAGGAGCCUGUCAGGGAGAUGGAGAUUGACUGUGAACCAGAGGACUCGGUUAUCUCCUCGUUUGACGAAGACUGUGUUCAGCUUGGAGGCGUGAAGGACAUGAGGCUGGAGGCGGAGGCGGUGGUCAGCGAUGUGCUCUUCGCAGUGACGGAGAUGUACGUCUCUCAGAGUCUGGACUGUGCUCUGGAUGUGGCGUACAUUAACGUCGAAAUAAGAGAAGGUACUCGCUUUUGCCUGGAGCUCACUGAAGCAGGACUAAGGGUAGUUGGCUAUGCCUUUGACCAAGUGGAUGAGAGCUUAAGCACCCAGUACCAUGAGACUGUUUACUCCCUCCUGGACACCCUGAGCCCAGGAUACAGAGCUGCCUUCGGGAACGCCCUGCUGCAAAGACUGGAGAGGCUGAAGCAAAAUGGACAAUAGGUCGAGGGAAAGGAGCUUCUGAAGCCAAGGUUGUUAAAACGGACACUUACAAGCCUUUGCUUAUGGAGAAAAGUUGCUUUUAUAGAGGCAAAAGUGCUAUAUGGACAAACGUAUUAAAACUAUUUAGACAAAAGUAUUGGGACACCCCUCUUAAUCAAUGAAUUCAGGUGUAUCCUUCAGUUCCAUUGCCACCGGUGUAUAAAAUCAAGCAUUUAGCCAUGCAGUCUGCCUUUACAAACAUUUGUGAAAGAAGUCGCCUUCCUAAAGAGCUCACUGAAUUAGAGCGUGGUACUGGAAUAGGAUUCCACAGUUGCAGCAAGUCAGUUUGUGAAAUGUCUUCACUCCCUAGAUAUUCCACGAUCAACUGUAAGUGGUAUUGCAAAGUGGAAGCGUUUAGGAACCACAGCAACUCGGCCACUAAAUCGGCAGACCAUGUCAAGUUUCAGAGUGGGAUCGCUGAGUGCUAAGGCACGUAAAAGUUGCCAACCCUCUGCUGACUCAAUAACUGCAGAGUUCCAAACCUCCCCUGGCAUUAACAUCAGUAGAAACGUGCUGAGAGCUUGGUGGCGUGGGUUUCCAUGAUUUCCAUGGCCAAGCAGCUGCAUGCAAGCCUUCCGUUACCAAGCACAGUGCCAAGCCUCGGAUGGAGGGGUGUGAAGCAGGCCGCUACUGGACUCUGGAGCCGUGGAAACGUGUUCUGUGGAGUGACGACGCAUGCGUCUCCAUCUGGAUGGAUGAGUCUGGGUUUGGUGAGUGCCAGGAGAACAUGCCUCACUGCAUUGUGUCAACUGUAAAGUUUGGCGGAGGGAUAAUGGUAAGGUUUCUGCGGUUGGCUUUGGCCCCUUAGUUCCACAGAAGGGAGAUGUUAAUGCAUCAGCUUACCAAGACAGGAACAUUCAAUGCUUCCAACUUUGUGAGAACUGUUUGAGGAAGGCCCUUUUCUGAUCCAGCAUGACUGUGCCCCAGUGCACAAAGCAAGGUCCUUAAAGCGUGGUUGGAUGAGUUUGGUGUGGAAAAACUUGACUGGCCCGCACAGCCCUGACCUCAACCCUAUCAAACACCUUUUGAAUGAACUAAAAUGGAGAUUGUGCAAGUCUGGCUCGCAAUCUUCUAGAACGCCUUCCCAGAAGAGUGGAGGCUGUUAUAGCUGCUAAAGGGACCAACUCCAUAUUAAUGCCUAUGGAUUUAAACUGAGAUGUCAUAAAAGCUCCUUUCGGUGUAAUGUGUAGGUGGCCUAAUACUUUUGUCUAUAUUGUGAAUGUGUGCCUGCACCCUUUGAGAGUUUUUACAUUGUUUUGCUGUAGGGAACAUUCUGAAGCUGAGUUAGCUCAUCAUCGCAUCUCCUUUGUUCAGAUGUGUGGGAAGUCUUGACUACAUUAUCAUAGUAUUACACAAGUGUAUUUAUUUUGGUAUUCUGAGCAUUCUGACUUAGUGACUUACUUAGUCAACCACCCUGCUUUACCUGUACAGUAAACUGUAAAUGGACACUGCUCCAAAAAAAUGAAGGGAACUGGGGAUGAAAUCCCCCAGAACACCAUCUCCCAUCAUGCCCUGGGCCAGGUCUGGGAGGAGAUCCCCCUGAACUCCAUCUCCCAUCAUGCCCUGACACUGUCGGGAGAGCACACAGGCAUGUGGGGGCCGUACAGGCUACUGAGUCACGUUGGGAGUCACUUGGAUUUUCGGUGUGAGUUUGACUCUAGCCCUAAAUCGGUUGGUGUACAGUAAAGAUUUUGAUCUUUAAGGUAUUUUGUGUAUUGAUACCUGAUGUGUGAUUUAGGUGUUCCUUUAAACAUAUCACUGUAGUGAGUCUGUCUUCUGCCAUCCACUCAAAAUAUAUAUUUGCCCCUACAUGUGCAACACCUAGAAGGUUGCAUGUCUCUUUGCAAUGGCCAAAGAUGACGAGAGGCUUACAGAAGGUUAUUUUUCAAUCUCUCAAACACCUACCCAUGUCGUAAGUUAUAAACUGCCUUAACUGUUGACCAUACUGUUCCAUUUGGUCAGACUUCAUAUAUUACAGAUAAAAUGUUUAUUCUAACAACUUAUACAUAAAUGCAUGCAUGCAUUCACAGUCAUUUUGUAUUAAAUACAUUUGUUUUGUUAAAGUGAUUUUGGAUGUUGUUGAAUGGUAAAGGUAUGUAAGGGUGUAUUCCAGACAUGGUAGUCUGGAGGUUUGUUUGAAUACUUCAAAGUCACAUGUCCCAGUACAUUUAGUAAUUACUGAGCAGUGGGAAUGAGUAGAAAUCCUUUAUCAAACUAUUUUGUUUAUCAAAAAGCACAGAAUAAACAGCUCCUUCCCUGCUGGGUCUGAGGUGAACAGGUUGUGGGGCACAUCCCAUUGAAAUCGCUCUAGGAUGUUGGACCAAAACCAUGGCUGCUUUAUAGUUUAAUUUCAUUGCAUAAAUGUAUUUUAUUAAAAACUGACAUUUGUAUAAUCGCUUUUACGUUGAUGAAGUUGACUGCAGAAAACUAUAAACUACCCUGUACGUCUUGCCUAUUUGUACUGUUUAUGCUGCUGAAAUGUGCUCAUACCAAUAAAAGCAACAACAAAGUCU